AUUCUGUUCCAGCUGCUGGAGGAGAACAUCGUCACUUUUGUGAAGAACGAGCUGAAGAAGAUCCAGAAGGUCCUGAGUUCAGAUUACCCAGAAUGCUUAGAGAGUCAGAGGGAUGAUGAGGAGGUGCUGGACGGUGAGGAUGAAGAGCAGAGGAGAAGCAGAGAGGCAUUUCUGAACAUCACACUGCACUUCCUGAGGAGCAUGAAGCAGGAGCAGCUGGCUGACUGUCUGCAGAGCAGACUUCCUGCUGCAGUUUGUCAGCGUAAACUCAAGUCUAACCUGAAGGAGAAGUUCCAGUGUGUGUUUGAGGGCAUUGCUAAAGCAGGAAACCCAACCCUCCUGAACCAGAUCUACACAGAGCUCUACAUCACAGAGGGGGGGGCUGCAGAGGUCAAUGAUGAACAUGAGGUCAGACAGAUUGAAACAGCAGCCAGGAGACCAGACAGACCAGAGGCAACAAUCAGACAAGAAGACAUCUUUAAAGCCUCACCUGGAAGAGAUGAACCAAUCAGAGCAGUGAUGACAAAGGGAAUGGCUGGCAUUGGGAAAACAGUCUUAACACAGAAGUUCACUCUGGACUCUGAAGACAAAGCCAACCAGGACAUACAGUUCACAUUUCCCUUCACCUUCAGAGAGCUAAAUGUGCUGAAAGAGAAAAGAUUCAGCUUGGUGGAGCUUGUUCAUCACUUCUUUACUGAAACCAAAGAAGCAGGAAUCUGCAGGUUUGAACAGUUCCCGGUUGUGUUCAUCUUUGACGGUCUGGAUGAGUCAGAGUCCACCUCAGUGGAUGUGCUGCUGACAAACCUCAUCAGGGGGAAACUGCUUCCCUCUGCUCGCCUCUGGAUAACCACACGACCUGCAGCAGCCAAUCAGAUCCCUCCUGAGUGUGUGGACAGGGUGACAGAGGUCAGAGGGUUCACUGACCCACAGAAGGAGGAAUACUUCAAGAAGAGAUGAGGAGAUGAGGAGCAGGCCGGCACAAUCAUCUCCCACAUCAAGACAUCACGAAGCCUCCAAAUCAUGUGCCAAAUUCCAGUCUUCCGCUGGAUCACCGCUACAGUUCUGGAGGAUGUGUUGAAAAGCAGAGAGGGAGGAGAGCUGCCCAAGACCCUGACUGAGAUGUAUAUCCACUUCCUGGUGGUUCAGUCCAAAGUGAAGAACGUGAAGUAUGAUGGAGGAGCUGAGACAGAUCCACACUGGAACAAAAAGAGCAGGAAGAUGAUCAAGUCUCUGGGAAAACUGGCUUUUGAGCAGCUGCAGAAAGGCAACCUGAUCUUCUAUGAAUCCGACCUGACAGAGUGUGGCAUCGAUAUCAGAGCAACCUCAGUGUACUCAGGAGUGUUCACACAGGUCUUUAGAGAGGAGAGAGGACUGUACGAGGACAAGGUGUUCUGCUUCAUCCAUCUGAGCGUUCAGGAGUUUCUGGCUGCUCUUCAUGUCCAUCUGACCUUCAUCACCUCUGGUGUCGACCUGCUGUCAGAAGAACAAACAACCUCCCGGCUGCCUAAAGUCUUCAGAGACAAACCUAAACUAACACAUCUCUACCGGAGUGCUGUGUACAAGGCCUUACAGAGUCCAAACGGACACCUGGACUUGUUCCUCUGCUUCCUGCUGGGUCUUUCACUGCAGGCUAACCAGACUCUCCUACGAGGUCUGCUGACACAGACAGGAAGUAGCUCUCAGACCAAUCAGGAAACAGUCCAGUACAUCAAGAAGAAGAUGGAGAAGGAUCUGUCUCCAGAGAGAAGCAUCAACCUGUUCUACUGUCUGAAUGAACUGAAUGAUCGUUCUCUAGUGGAGGAGAUCCAACAGCACCUGAAAUCAGGAAGUCUCUUCACAGAUAAACUGUCUCCUGCUCAGUGGUCAGCGCUGGUCUUCAUCUUACUGUCAUCAGGAAAAGAUCUGGAUGUGUUUGACCUGAAGAAAUACUCUGCUUCAGAGGAGGCUCUUCUGAGACUGCUGCCAGUGGUCAAAGCCUCCAACAAAGCUCUACUAAAUGGCUGUAACCUCUCAGAGAGAAGCUGUGAAGCUCUGUCCUCAGUUCUCAGCUCCCAGUCCACUAGUCUGAGAGAGCUGGACCUGAGUAACAACCUGGAGGAUUCAGGAGUGAAGCUGCUGUCAGCUGGACUGGAGAGUCCACACUGUACACUGGAAACUCUCAGGUCAGGAUGCUGUCAGGUCACAGAGAAAGGCUGUGCUUCUCUAGACUCAGCUCUGAGCUCCAACCCCUCCCACCUGAGAGCGCUGGACCUGAGCUACAAUCAUCCAGGAAACUCAGGAGUGGUGCUGCUGUCUGCUGGACUGGAUGAUCCACACAGGAGACUGGAAACUGUCAGGGUGGAGCCUGCUGGAGUCCGAUGGUUGAGACCAGGUCUGAGGAAGUACUCCUGUGAACUCACACUCGACACAAACACCGUGAACAGAGAGCUCAAACUGUCUGACAACAACAGGAAGGUGACACGUGUGAGAGACGAGCAGCCAUAUCCUGAUCAUCCAGACAGAUUUGACUCCUGGCCUCAGCUGCCGUGUAGAAGCGCUCUGACUGGUCGAUGUUACUGGGAGGUCGAGUGGAGAAGAAGUGUUUAUAUAUCGGUGAGUUACAGAGGAAUCAGACGGAUAGGAGACAGAGAAGACUGUAUGUUUGGAGACAAUGAUCAGUCCUGGAGUCUGAGCUGCUCUGAUGGUCGUUACUCUGUCAGUCACAAUAAGAGAGAAACAUCCAUCACCUCCUCCUCCUCCUCCUCCUCCUCCUCCUCCCACCCCUCUGGUAGAGUAGCAGUGUAUGUGGAUUGUCCUGCUGGCUCUCUGUCCUUCUACAGAGUCUCCUCUGACACACUGAUCCACCUCCACACCUUCAGCACCACCUUCACUGAACCUCUUCAUCCUGGGUUUGGGCUCUGGUCCUGGUCUGGAGCAGUGUCUCUGUGUUCUCUGUCGGAGGGAGAGUCUCCUCCUGUUAGAGAAACUUCCUCACUGCUGCCCAGAUAG